AUGGCCGCGCCGCGCUGUUCGUUCACCGCCGCGUUCGUUCUCCUGUGCGCCGUCGCGGGCGUCGGCGGCGCGGCGUCGAACGACACGUGCGCGUACGCCGAGUGGGCGCUGGAGGACGCGCUCUUGGAGGACGGCCUCUGCGCGCACGUGUUCGCGUCCGGGCUGGACAAACCGCGCGGGAUCUGGCCGGUCCACGGCUCGGGGUGCGUCCUCGUGCUGGAGCGGGGAAGGGGUCGGAUCGUCGCCCUGCACGACGACGACGGCGACGGACGCGCAGACGCCACCAGCGUCAUCGCGACGCAGCCCGGCGUCAACCACGGCCUCGCGGUCCACGGCGGCUACGUGUACGCAUCCUCGGACACCACCGUGUGGAGGUGGCCUUACCGCGCCGGUCAGCGCACGACAUCGCCGGACUCCGUAAAGGAGGUGGUCGUCCGAGACAUGAACGCCGACGGCCGCGGCGGCGCGCCCGGAGGUCACACCACUCGAACCCUCGCGUUCGACGCGAACGGCAAACUCUACGUCAGCGUGGGAUCGUACAGCAACGUCGACGCGGACAGCCACCGGUCGCGGAUAAGGCGGUUCGCGUUAACAACUAACACAGAUAAUGCCGUGCCCGUCGGCGGGUUCGACUUUCAAAACGACGGCGAGCUCUUCGCCGACGGCUUGCGCAACGAGGUCGGUUUGGCGUUUGACAAGCGCGGCGUGCUGUGGGGGGUGGAGAACGGCGCGGAUAACUUACACCGCGCGGACCUCGGCGGGGACAUCCACGACGAACACCCGGCGGAGGAGCUCAACGCGUUUCGCGAGGACGACGUGGGUAAACACUGGGGGUACCCCUACUGCUGGACCCAGUUCGGGACGGACUUGGCGGGCCCCGGCGUCGGCGCGGCGAAAGGGACGGUGUGGGCGUGGCCGAGUUUCGUGAACGACGGCGUCCACACCGACGCGUGGUGCAGGGCCAACACCGUGCCGCCCCGCGUGGCGAUGCAGGCGCACAGCGCGCCGUUGGGCCUGGCUUUCUAUUCACACGAGAGCGCGUUGACGCGAUGUCCGAGCGGGCAAAACAAUAAAACGGCGUUGCCGGCGAAUAUGGACGGCGACGCGUUCGUCGGGUAUCACGGGUCGUGGAACCGAUCGCCGCCGACGGGACACAAGGUGGUCCGCGUGCCCAUGACGUCCGCGGGGGACGUGGAAGGCGGGAACGUCGCGGACGUCACGCCCAUCGACGUCAUGAAGAACGGUAAAGGCGAAGGCGCUCGGUGGGCGAACGGGUUGCGGCCGGUUGACGUUCGAUUCGACGCGUGCGGUCGGCUCCUGGUCAGCGACGACGGACCGGGCGGGUACGUCGUCAUGAUCACCGGGGCGGGAGGUAACGGCACUGACGGGGGGAGGGCGCGGGUGGGCGGGAAGGGGGCGACGGAUCCGACGCCGGGGCUCGCGACAUCGGGGGCGCCGCGACGUCUACGCUUUCGCGCCCUCGCUUUCGUCGUCGCGCUCGCUUUGGUCUCUAAUGACGUUCGAAGGGUUUUGGCGUGAUGA